AAGCAAUCUUGAAUGAAUUUGGGCCGGUUAAAACUUAAGAUGCAAUUCAAUUCCAUAUCUGGACUGAAACCUCGUCUGUAUCCAGGUAUGCUCUAUCCUCAGCUGCUGCAACUUCCUUCUUUAUCAAUAUUCUCAAAAUCAAUGCGUAAAUGAAGUGUUGUUUGAACUGUGUUGACGCGAAACAGAAUUUUCAGAUCACGAAGAUUCAGUUUUACGGUAAAAAAUUCUCAAUCUGAAAACGAACGUAACAGAUUAUCUGUUAGACUUAAAUGUUUGACUGAAGCAGUUCGCGGAACACCACUCUAGUGAUACUCCGUAUUAUUUUCAGCUUUUGCAUUUGUUUUCUUUUUCUCAAUAUUUUUCGCGAGGUUUGAGUUCUGGUAAGAAUAUACUUCCGUACUAUUGCGUGCUUUGUACAAUUGGUUCAUCACUUUUAUAUAUGUUUUCGAUAGUUGUAUUUCAUUUUUUUUAAUUAUUAGUAGUAUCUAUAACAUUAAAAUAUCUGUUUAAGCCUCCAAUCUGCUUGAGUAAACCUACAAGUCGCUGCAGGGCCUCACCCCCCUGAAAUACUUGAUUGAAAAUUUUGAUUGUAUUUAGGCCAUGUUUGAUUCGAAUACGAUUUUUGGUAUGUCAUUUUAUUUUAAACCGUAAUGUUAUGAUCAUUGGAUAUGUGUAACUCAUUACUUUACUAUGUGUAAUAAGCUUUACAUUAAAAAGAGGUGUAUUUGAGAUUACAGCUUAUACUAGGUGUUUGAGAUUACAAAAACCCUGCUUCCUAUUAUUUCGCCCCAUGGCCCCCAUCCAUAAGAAAAGGUGCAAAAGUUUUGCAAUGGCCGUAAAUUCCAUCGGCUUCCUCCAGCUCCACCGAAACCUAAUCAUCUAAUCUGCAAAUUGCUGGGCUUCAACAUAUCCUUUGUAUAGCAUACAAGAGCCACUCCAUUAGCCUGAGGAAUGGCUUAACUCCGUUUGUUCUCUUCCAUAAAGUUAUUCUCUUCCGACCCCUCCAUAUUGCUCCAGGUCUACAGAAAGGUAAAAAUCAAAAUAAGUUAUCUGCCUUGCUCCCCUCGACUCAUCCACAGUGUGUUAGGCUGGUGGGCUCCUUCGCCCACCAGAUUUGUAGUGAAUUGAAAAUGUCUGUUGCAAAUAAACUUCAAUGUUUCUUUUUUUGUCAAACUGAUUGUCACUUGGAUGGAAGUUUAUUGUAGUCUUUUUAUUAAGUAAAAAAUUGUUAUCAAAACUAGUUGAUAUGGCUUUGGCGUUGAGAGCCAAUUCAAAGCGUGUCUGCUCUAUUUUCAAUUCAAAAGAUUCAAAUGAUUAGAACUUUUCAGUUAAAUAUAUUUUUUCCAGCUUCUGGGGCUAUGAUUUGAGCCAUUUUUUGGGACAUUUUUUGGAUUUUUUUCCAAUUAACUAAAAUUGUCGUAGCUUUUCUCUAUCUCUAUUUCAACUGGAGUUUGGCUUGCUUGAAUGUUUUGUGUUUCUAGGUUGACCAGUGUAAAUGUAUCUUCCUAGGACGGUGGGAUUGAGUAGUUCUGUUGUAAUGUGUGUUUGUUUGGUUGUUUCAUGCUUUGGAUUUGGAUUCUUUGAACUGAAGUUUUAGUGGUGACAGUAGUGAUGUUUUGCUAGUUGCUACAUAAUUUAUCAAGUGGGAUAUAUAGAUGUGUGAUAGAGACCUGGACUUAUGGGCUUAAUAUUUUAAUAAAAUGUAAUAGUGGGCUGGACCAAGUAAUUAGAUAGAUCGAGGGAAGCUUCAUUUGAAAAAGAAUAAAUAGAAGGAAUAGAGGAGGGAGAGGGUAGGCUGGAAUUCAGUUGGAAUUAGGCUGGGAGGCCUCUCGAAUAGUCUCAAAUCUGUUUCUUCUCUUUCUUUGUGUUUUCCGCUAUUGUAUUUUGGUUCACUGUUGCUGUGAGGAUCGGUUCCUAUCAUUGGUAUCGCUGGAGUAGAUGACUGUUACGUGGGUGGAGAUGGAGAAUAGCACCGGAAGAGUAGAUGACUGUUACGUGGGCGCAGAUGGAGAAUAGCACCAGAAGUGUUGAAGGCCAUGUUAGGAAGAUGGAAAGGAUGCUGGACGAGAUGAUAAAUCAUCGGCGUAAACAGCUUCGCAGGAGAACUAGAGGCCGAGUGAGGAGCCCUCCUAGAUGCCGUUGGCCAACUGAAAAUCAGGUUUAUCGUCCGUCACUCCUCCUAGUUCGCAGUCGCGAACUAUGUCUUCCAGUUCGCAGGUCUCAGUUCGCAGGGCUCAACGCGCGACUUAUCCCAGUUCGCAGUCGCUAGCUGAUUCUACCGAAUCGCAGAUGGCAUCGCAAGCCGCAUCAGCUUUGUCGCGAACAGAUCUCCUUAGUUCGCAGGUGUCAUCACUAUCUACUUCGCUGAGUUUGCAGCGGUCGCAAAUAGCUACUAUCGGUUCACAGGAUUCCCCAUCAGCUAUCAGUUCGCCUAAAAUUACGACGCGAUCAAGUGGAGAAUCCUUCAGCUCACAGACGACAUUCAACCAAAGUGAGUUGUUCAUGAACUUCGGAUAUGUCCGAGCCGGAGAAAAACAGAGCUAUGUCUACGCAAUCGCAAGGACGCUUAUAGGGGAUCGUCUGAGUCAAUGCCUCAGUCUGCUGGUGUUUAUGAUGGCUUUAGCAAAACUGGAGAAAAUACAGAGUGUGUGGUGGCUGAUGUUCCGCAGGAUCCUACACGAGCUAUUGGCUCUCUGAAAGGGAGAGGAAAGUACAUAGAUGAAGACAAGAGGGGAUGGAAAGAGAAACAAACUGGGGUGGAGAGACUCAACUGGAUAAUUAACGCUGGUGAGGAGUUUUAUGCCACUCCAAGUUCUUAUUUUACAUUAUAUGGUCUCUCUGUCCAAUCAUCAUUCCUGGGAGGUGUCCUGGAAAAAGUUGGGAUUGAGCCACAAGUUGAGAGGAUUGGUUCAUACAAGUGUGAUGGUGAUUAGUUAAUACCCAAAAGCAUACCAGAAAAAAUGUGAGAUGCUAACUGUAUUGCUUGAUAACGUCUAUGAAAAUUGGCUUGAUAAAGUCUCUUUCACAAAAGAAAAAAAAUUAGAGGAUGUUGAAAAUGGUAUUAAUGAAGGAGUCUACCAAGUUCAGAGGCUAAAAGAAGAUGGCUGGAUAACGGGUAUAAAGUUUGACGAGGAGGUUUUGCCUAAGUUGAAAGAGCGGUUGGGAAAUCCAAUGGAUAAGAAUCUUCCUACGGUGGAUCAUAGGAAAUACGCAGGGGUCAAGAGACGGACUCUGGGCAUUGCAGGCUAUCAAGAUCAGAUUGCUCUAAUGCGGGCAUCUGGAAGACUUAGUCCCGGCUGUUCCCCUUUUAGUGUGCUCAGUUCAUGCAUUAUAGCAGAGCAGAUCAGUGAAAAUUCUUGUUGUGCUAGAAAAUCAAAGUGGUGCAAGACUGAAGUGGAAUACUUGUUCGAUGUCGUACUCGUAACGUUUUUUCCAAGUACGAUGUCGUUAAGAACGACUUGGAAGCCAAACAGAUGGAUCAUCGGGGUUCUGGAGAAGAGUAUAUAAACAAUUACAUGAUGACGGCAGAGAAUAGAAAAGCACAAGUGGUGGGGAAACUGUAUGAGAAUUCUCUGACUGAACCUCAGGUCCUUGAUGCAGACAGGUAUGUACGAAUGACACCAGAAAUUACCAUAAUUGGGCUAUCAAAUUGGGCUCAGGAUUAUUUCACUAUAUACAAACUGGGUCCACCCUUACCCCACCGUAGCUGGGAGUCUUUGCGACAUUGGGGUAAUGAUGAUGAUACAAGUUGGGUCCAAUAGAGGAGCUAGUGGUAUUGAUGGUUUCAGAUUAUAUGGUGUUACUUCUAUGAUGUGCACUCACCUUGGGUUGGUGUUAAUAUUUACUGCGGAUUAUAAUGACUGUUUUGGACAUGCUACUAAAGUGGACGUGGUUGUGUAUCGGAUGCUUGUCAACAACCUCAUUCACGAUUAUCCAGUAACUAACUCCAAACUGGGUGUGAUUUCUAGUAAAACACUUGAAACUGUAGGAGCUACAAUCCUUUAUGAUGACCAACUUCCUUAUCAGUUCAAAAGUGCAGACGGGCUUAUGCAAGUGAGAUGUGGGAAAGGUGUACAUUAUGGGGUUUAUAUGUUCGAAGCACACUUGGCUUUCAUAUUAUGGAACUAUUGCGACGAUGCUCCUGGUGAAGAGACUUCAAACUUCCAGAGGUGCAGCUACUGGUUGCUUGAAGAGGAGCAGUCAAACAUUGUUCUAGUUCACGACAGGGAAGAAAAGGGUAGCAGGAGGAACUACAGUCGUGCUCGAGAACCUCCAUUAGAUAUUCCCGCUUUUCCAGAUGGUAAAAGAGAUGUGAACAGCUCUGAUGUGGGCAUUACACUUGGUAAUCUUAUUUCCCAACAAUAUGAUUACAAAACAAAAUCACAUGCUACAAAUACGGCUAGCCUUAAGAGCGCUCAAGCCUCAGAUUAUGAAGAAGCUAAAACAGCAGUGCACAAUCAACUAUCAACUUCUGGGAUGCACUCUUUUACUGAGUUUCUAGCAAUUAUGAACCCCAAGGGUGAAGAUGAACUUUCUGCUCCUUAUUAUCCAUGCUACAUCUCAAAUGCUCAUCAAGGCCAUUUUCCAGCUUUUCCUGAAAAGAGUACUGCAACUUAUGGAUAUGUACCAUUUCAAAAUUCACUUUCCACACCUCAGUCUCUUGCAAUAAGCAAGAUGAAUGGGCAAGUGAGUGCUAUGAUUGGUUUCACAAAGGCCCUAGAAGAAUGGGGAGCACCUAAGGGUGAAUCAGUCAAACUAUCAAAGUGGUUUGUGGAUCCGAAGGCUGAACAGAACCCAGGUAAUGAUCUGGAUGUAUCAAAAGGUGAGGAUUGGGAGCUGAAAGUGGUUUCCGGGAUUGGUGGCAGAAUAAUAUCCUUGGAGCAUCUUCCUACUGGAACUCAGUGGCUUUACAGCCGACGAGUAGAUACGGCGAUGCAGCAUAUAGUGGAUUUGGGUACAGAUCUGCUGGAUGCAUGAAAGAGUAUUAUGUCAUUGAAAAGAAUCAAGAGCAUGCAGGAGGAGUCAAAUCUUUUGCAUUACAAGGAAAUAAGAAAAUUUUGGUUCAAUGGAAACAACUAUCAGUUUUGGAAGAUUUUUGGGAAAGUUUAAGCAAAUGCCAUGAGGAAUGGAUGACAAAGGUUCAAGUACCGAAGCUAAAGGCACUGAGAUCGGUGAGGUACUGUGAAGGGAGGGGCACGAGGAUGAAGCUGGAUGGCAUGGCUGCUCUUACUCCCCACCUUGAGGACAAGGUGGUUGACAACGGGGGAAGCUUCAUUUGGAAAAGAAUAAAUAGAAGGAAUAGAGGAGGGUGAGGGUAGGCUGGAAUUCAGUUGGAAUUAGGCUGGGAGAGUGAGGCCUCUCGAAGAGUCAAAUCUGUUUUCUCUUUCUUUGUGUUUUCCGCUAUUGUAUUUUGGUUCACUGUUGCUGUGAGGAUCAGUUCCCAUCAAUGUGAUGACAGAAAUUGUCACUUUAUUUCACCCCAACCCCUGCUCCCCCUCCCCCGGUUCUUCAUCUUCUUCCUGGGUUUGGAUUGAAUGCAAAACAGGUCAUGUCACCAGGCUGCAAGUCCACAGCUGCUUUCCUUCCAGAAAUCUUUCACCCCCACCUCCUAUCUGUUUUCUUCCAUUCACUGCUUCACCCACACCAGAACAAGUAUCCUCCUUUCAGUUGAAGGGCAGAAUAGUAGUUUCUGUUUUUCUCCAUUGCAGCAGAUUGGUCCAUUUAUAAUCUGUGAUGGGUUUGAAGGAACUUUGAAGCUACUAUUAUACUUCUUGGAGUAAUCUUUCGGACAGGCCUUCCUGACCAGAACUGCCUUCCGGACGGCGGCAUUUGAGGCCCUUCCUGGAGCGACGUGGAGUAACAAUUAAAGAUGCCACUUUAUGACUGCAUGCUUUUGUUGAAACCCCAUAUAAAGAAGGAGGCGUUGAUGGAACUGGCUAUUAAGGUGGGGAAGCAUGUCUAUGGUAGAAAUGGAGUCCUCACAGAUGUAAAGUAUUUUGGAACUGUCCAGCUCGGCUAUGGUAUUAAAAAGCUUGAUGGGAGGUAUUUUCAGGGGCAUAUGAUGCAAAUGACGAUGAUGACACCGCCUAAUUUCAACAACGAGUUGCAUUACCUGAACAAGGAAGACCGUUUACUUCGGUGGCUGUUGGUUAAGAACCGGGGGGAUCUUCAGCUUGAUUCUUUGGAUCGUUAUGAACCUUCACGUACCGAGGUUUACCAAGAUUUUAAGGGUGAUGAGAAAGAAGACAGUGAUGAUGAAGAUACUGAUGACACAGACGACAAAUACAAUAAAGGCUCCCUUUUCUAAGUAUUUAAUAAAAAAACUGAGACUCCCCUUUUAUUGUUUCAUGGAUUCAGGUUGAAUCUCUGACCCUUUUGGCUAUUUAUGUCGUGAAAUAUGAAAUGGAUUCUAUUCCCAUGUUAGAACUUUGAACCAAGAAAACUAUCCGGGUUUAUCUGAUGUACAACAUAUGCUUUGAUAAUGUAUGAUGGUACCCCUCCCUCCCCUAAAAAAUGUUGUCAAUUAAAAUUCAGUGUGAUCCCUAAAAUUUUUCAAUACUAAUUAUGGAUCUAGGCAUUUGGC